CGUCCUGGAAACCUCCGACAUAUAUCCGAGGUAGAUGGCGAACUGCUCUGGAUUGUUCAGUUCAGUUUAAUCGUCAUCCGAUCCGACAACGUAAGCUCGAAUCGUGUGUGUCAACUCCCAAUUCUAUCACGCCGUAUCGCUGCUGCUAUUAGCAACAGAAUUGAGCUUGCAAUAAGUUGUCAUGGACAUCGAAGAAUUCCGCGUCCGCGGGAAGGAAAUGGUAGACUACAUUUGCAACUUCAUGAGCAACAUUCAUACCAGGAGGGUCACGCCGGACGUUGGUCCCGGCUAUCUCAGGCCGUUGUUACCGUCGGAACCGCCGAAUAAUCCGGAGUCUUGGGAUGAGAUCAUGAAGGAUGUGGAAUCGAAGAUCAUGCCAGGCAUCACGCAUUGGCAGCAUCCAAGGUUUCACGCCUACUUCCCGGCAGGAAAUUCCUUUCCUUCUAUUCUCGGUGAUAUGCUAUCUGAUGCGAUAGGGUGCAUUGGAUUUUCUUGGGCUGCCAGUCCAGCCUGUACGGAACUGGAAACGAUAGUCUGCGAUUGGUUCGGCAAGGCCAUUGGUUUGCCGACGGACUUUCUAUAUUUCAGCCCAGGCAGCAAGGGUGGAGGCGUUAUACAGGGUUCGGCAUCGGAAUGCAUUCUCGUGUGCAUGCUGGCUGCUCGGGCACAAGCAAUUGCAAGACUCAAGGAAUCUCCCGCGCACGCACACUUGGACGAGACCGCGUUACUCGGCAAACUGAUGGCGUAUUGCAGCCGGGAAAGUCAUAGUUCCGUCGAAAAGGACGCUAUGAUAUCGUUUGUGAAGUUGCGUAUUCUCGAACCCGACGAGAAAAGCGUACUUCGCGGAGAGACCUUGCGACAGGCAAUCGAGAGUGACAUUGCUGCAGGCCACGUCCCAUUUUUCGUCUCAACGACUCUCGGCACAACCGCCUGUUGUUCUUUCGAUAAUCUUAAAGAAAUUGGUCCGGUUUGUAAAAAAUAUCCAGGAAUCUGGCUUCACGUAGACGCCGCUUACGCCGGAAAUGCUUUCAUCUGUCCCGAAUUGAAAUAUCUAAUGGCCGGCGUCGAGUACGCUGACUCCUUCAAUACCAAUACCAACAAAUUCUUGUUGACGAAUUUCGAUUGCUCCUGCUUGUGGGUUCGCGACAGAUUCAAGCUCACUAGCGCGCUCGUCGUGGACCCUCUCUAUCUUCAACACACACACGCUGACACAGCUAUAGAUUAUCGGCAUUGGAGUAUAGCGUUAAGCAGACGAUUUCGCUCGUUAAAACUGUGGUUCGUAAUGAGAAGUUAUGGAAUAUCGGGGCUACAAGCUUAUAUUCGAAAUCACGUCAAACUCGCUAAAAGAUUCGAAGCACUUGUUAAGAAGGAUUCUAGAUUCGAAAUUUGUAACGAAGUUGUGCUGGGUUUGGUGUGCUUCCGCGCUAAAGGCAGCGAAAAAUUAAAUCAGAAAUUAUUGAGCACCAUUAACGAUUCGGGAAAAUUACAUAUGAUUCCGGCGCGAGUUAAUCAGCGCUACACGAUACGUUUUGCGCUCGCUGCGCCUAAUGCAACCUCGAGAGAUGUUGACAUAGCAUGGAGCAUUAUAACGGAUUAUCUCACCGAGUUAUUGGAGUUCAACGACGUAAUGGACGAGCUAGCGGACAUUCGCGAGAAGAAAAGAAAGGCCACUCUCGAACAAAGAAGAUCCUUCUUCGUGCGCAUGGUGUCUGAUCCUGCAAUUCAGCCAGGAUUCACGAAGACUCCGAACAGGGCAGCCAAACUCGACACGCAAGCUACUAUCGGUGGUAUCGGAUCGAAUGCUCAAAUCGGAACAAAAUCUUGGAUAUCCUGGCCGCUCGCAUAUCUCAUGCAAGCGAAAGAUGCAGCUGAUACAAGUGAAUUAUCACUCAGAUUUCGACAUCUGGAUACGAUGGUGCGUCUGAAGGCUGGUGGUACCGGAAGUCGUCGCGGUAGCAGUAACGGAUGCAGCCCGGAUCCAUCCCCUUCCGCUUCACCUUCGCGCGGUAGAUCACCCAACGGUCGAGCGUAAUCGCAUUACAUCAAUUUUUUCUCUCUUCACGCAAUCUUUUACGCGAUCCUUCUUCCGAGGAGUCCUCCGAGCGCGUGAUCAUCGCGAACGGAUGGACCUUUACGCCUAAAAAUCCUGUUGCGUGCUCUAAAAUCGAAAACGGAAAACGAAAGGAAUUCACCAACCUAGCUAUUCUACUCCACAAAUCUUGGAAAUCAUACUGUCGGCAGUCUCAACACUAAAAAAGCCCAGCUUAGACUCUUUAUAUAUGUAAUUAGAGAAUUAUAGAAUAUAUAUUUCUUCUUUCCCUUAGCAGAUUAUAUAUAUAUAUAUAUGAAGAUUAUACAGAAUGUCUAAAAUGGGCUUA